AUGUUAAAAAAGAGAGGAUCAGAUUAGUUAGAUAUAAUUUUCGAAGCUGGUGAAGACUUAAUGAAUUCAUCAAAGAAUCAAGUUAUAAUUCUAAAGAACAAUUCAAUCAGACUACCAAUUACAAAACCUCGAACUUUUUUAUCGUAUAGUUUAGAAUUUUGUGGUAUAACAGGUUUAAAUUAUAAAUAACUGCGAUUUCAAUCAUUAGGAAGAGACAUUAGACCUGAAACUAGCAUAAUGACUGCAAGUUUAGUAAAAGUGAUACAUACCAAUGAGUUUAAUUAGAUGGUGCAAAAUCCUUUAAAAACAUCAUUAUAAAACUUAUUUCUAGGGGGGAUAUUCAGCGAUGUGAUUCUAAAGAUUAAUGAUGAGAUAGUGCUUCCGUUGCAUAAAUGUAUAUUAUCUUGUCGAUCCCCAAAAUUCAAUGGAAUGUUCUCUUCCAAUCUAAUUGAGAGUACUCAGAGCAUCAUAAAAGUGGAAUGUAAAAAACCUGAAUUGUUUAAACUGAUGUUAGGUUGGAUAUACAGUGGAUAUUGGAAGGAAUUCCCUGAUAAUAUUGCCGAUGCAUGUGAUUUAAUGUUAUUGGCAGAUGAGUAUAUGAUAAUGGAUCUUAAAUAGAAGUGUGAGGAGGAUAUAAUAUCAAAAUUAGACAUCUCAAACAUUUUAUAGAUCUUAUUGUUUGUUGAAAAAUAUUGUGAUAUUUUAUCUCCGAUAAUAGUUGAUAAGGCACAUAGUUUAUUCAUAGAUGAUUUUGAUUAGAUAUUAAGAUUGAAUCCCAAUUUAGAAUAAGAGAUAACUAAAGUGCCAGGAUUAAUGACUAAAUUGUUUUUAAAUUAUCAUUAAAAGAAGAUUAGAAAAGCAAGAAAAGUUCAUUUUGUAGUUGAAGACUUCGAUUAAUAGGAAUCAGACUCGGAUUAUAAUUCAUAGGAUUAUGUUAGAAAUUAUACGCAAAAUUUUUACUAGUGA